CUGACCUGGACACUCAUACGUGUGGAGUAAAAAAAAGCAGGACGCAGAGUGAGCAGCAACAAGAAGUACUCCUAGUAGUAAGCAGACGAGAUGUGCUUCGUGUGGUGGAUAUGGCCUAACUUAGCCGACGAGGAGCCGGCUCCAAUCUCGGUCUCCUCUCUCCCUAAUCCUAGAGCUUAAUCGUGGCCAUCCGUUGCGGAUGAUGAUGCUCGCAGCGAGCGCGCUGCCCCUCCAAGGUUGGAAACGCCAGAUCUCAGCUGUUACCUACCAACAGCCACAUUCAGUCCCACGCGCUGUGUUCAGAGUAUCUGCAACAAAGAAUAAUGAGAGGAAACGGAGGCGCGCCCGGAAUCUGCCCAAAGGCCCAGCGUUGAUCGCCGAGGAAGCUUCUCCGAGCAACGGCGAAAACCCCGCCACCAUCCUCGGUCUCGAUGGCGAUGGUGAUGCUACUAGUGAUGGCAAAGUUGCAGGUGCCCCAAGGGGUGCUGUUCUUCAGUCCUGCACUCUCACAUCCGGCUUGCUGCUUGCAGCAGGUCUCCUUCUUCGUGAGGCAUCACACAUUGCAUCUUCAAAUGGAUUGCCAUUUGCUGACCCUACAGCCAUAUCAUUCAAUUUUGAAACUUGGCAUCUCGAGUUGGUCGCUGGACUCGUAAUAUUGAUAUCGUCUACCAGAUACAUUCUGCUGCAGACAUGGCCCGAUUUCAGAGAUUCCAGUGAAGCUGCAAAUACACAGAUCCUUACUUCCCUGGAGUCUCUGGAUUACAUAGUAGUUGCUUGUCUCCCUGGAAUAAGCGAAGAGUUCCUGUUUCGAGGUGCAUUGAUGCCAAUUUUUGGAUUGAAUUGGAUAAGUGCUCUAGCAACUGGUGUAUUUUUCGGCGUUCUUCACUUGGGCAACGGCAGGAAAUAUUCAUUUGCAGUCUGGGCAACAUUUGUAGGCCUUGCCUAUGGUUUAGCAACCAUAGCUUCCUCAAGCAUCAUAGUCCCAAUGGCUUCUCAUUCCAUAAACAAUAUUAUUGGAGGCUUACUUUGGCGCUUCGGAGACAACUCAGAAAGAAAAAUAUAGAUUGGAUCAUGUUGCUUCAAAGUAACAAACGUAACAGUGUUAUUGGAAAAGUAACAUACAGCACAACUGAAAACUUAGACUUUCCGAUGUACUAUUUACUACAAAAUCAUGCCAAGACAGCACACCGGGAGUAUCUCCUGUCUUGUUCCCAAGAUGGGCAAAGUGAAGACACACCCUGAUACGGUUUUACAGACUUGAUAUUACUUGCAGCACUUUUCACAAACAGGUGGAAACCUGUGGAUGUUACAGUAGCAGCAGGCCACACUGCAGUAAUUGUUGCAACCUGUAAAUAGUAUCAGUUCAUUCAAGAAAAUCAGUAACCUCAGCAUGACUUGUAACAAUGUAUGUAUUCUACGACUGUUUGAAGGCUGAUGAUGCAAAGCAAAACAUGGCGGCACAAUCUCUCCUAAUAGCCAAAAGCAUGUCAAAGCUUACAUAAGCUGCGGAAAGCAUCAUGAUAAGACAGAGAGUUUCAGCAGAUUACCAGUGAUAACAAUGUAUCCAGACGUUCGUGCGCUCCUCGAGCUAGCCGCGGGUAGAGGCGGUGCAAGAGAAAGAAACCCAAGGGGGAGCAGAAUGCAAGAGAUGAGAAGUAUCCUCAUGAAAAUGGUCUUGCAACCAGCAGGCAUCUUGAGCUUGAUUGGUUAAGCUGAUGAUAGGAACACCAGGAUUAAGAUGAUACUAGCUUAUAUAUAUGCGUGGUUGUUCAGUGUCCUUUUUUGGCAGGUGAGUGUUAGGAAGAGGGAGAUCAGUAACUCAUUCCCUUUGCCAAGCCUACAUAACUUUCUGUCCAGAGGUUUGGAUACUCUUGCCAGGUAGAGUUGUUAAUUCCUGCAAGCAAGGUGUGAUUGAUUGUUUUGGUUUUCAAACAAACAUGAUAAUAUGGCAGGCAGGACGCAGUGAUGAAAUGGUGAGAGCAUUUACAAAGUGCAAAAAUGCCGGAACUCCGAAGGAAUGUCAACUGCUCCCUCCGAACCUCAGGUCAAAACUGCGACACUUAUUUUGGAUCGAAGCAGUAUUCAUCAUGUGUUGCGCAUUCAUGAGAGCAAGACCUCCGCAGCCAUCCCUCUCCUACAUGUUGUGAGACGGUUGAAAGCGGAUGCGGAUUAUUAUUGGCCAAGGAAAAUUUAGGUCUAGGUUGCGGUCUGCCGGCACCGGGCCCUUUUUGCCUGUGCUACCUGCGUCUUUCAGUGUUUCGAGGGGUCGUUUCUAAGACUAGCCAUAAUGGAUAGUAACAUAGAGUAGUAACAUGCCCAUGCUACUACUCUAUGUUACUACCUCUAUAGUGAGGAGUAACAUAUGUGUGAUAACAUGCAACACUUCAUUAAUUAAGCUAUAGACUCACAUUGUCUUGA